AUGCUGCGCUACGCGGUGCUGCGCUGCGCGCAAAAGCAUGCUCGGCCAAGAAACCGUUGUUUACGAGCUUCCGGGCGUGGGGAGGCCCGCAGCCCGCCUAGGCAAGGUCGCCGCGGUCACGUUCCCAUUCAUGUACGUUAUUUCGUACGUUGUUUAUUGUCUAUGGUCUAUGUGAUGUACAUGCGGUGCAGAGUAAGGUUGCGUGCCAGUGCUCCAAGGAGGGCCGUGGGAUGUUAUAAUACAACCGGGCGCUCUGACGCCAUUUGGCGCCGGAGGCUCCGUAAUGCGGCGGUUUGUGCGUCCGCCGUGCUCGCAGAGCACCAGGGAGGCAGUCCGAGGAGCCGAGGACCAACGAGCAGUAAGACUCCGGAGGUCGCGCCAACCGUGUCGCACGGGGGGCAGAAGGACACGCGCCACCCUUACGCGGGAGUUCGGCGACGGAAGCUGCGCGGCGGCUUCCGCCGCCGCGGUGGAAGCCACGCGUUCCGCGCGACAAAGAGCGCGCGGCGUUAA